UCGUGGCGGCCAUUUUUAUUGCUUUCGUAUCUGUUGUCGCUCCGGAACGCUGGGCCGGGACUUGGGUGACAGGGUUGAGAAGGUCCAAGAGGAGCCGCUGUCUCCGCUGCAUAGAGGCCGGUCUGAAGUUCAGCGACGCCGCCGGGGGUGUCCCGGGCCUGCCGUGCCCGCGUCCACCCGCCUCUCCCGCCGCUACCGGCCCUGCUCUGCCCCCAGACUCUGAUGGCGUUGGCAGCGACGGCGCUGAGGACCCCGCCUCAGACGUGCAGUGUGACCUUUGAGGACAUUGCUGUGUACUUCUCCUGGGAGGAAUGGAGGCUCCUUGAUGAGACUCAGAGACGCCUGUACCUCGAUGUGAUGCUGGAGAACUUUGCACUUAUAUCCUCACUGGGUUGCUGCUGUGGAGCAGAGGAUGCAGAGGCACCUUUUGAACAGAUCACUUCUCUAGGAGUGUCACAGGCUAGGACUCCCAAGGCAGAUUUGUCUUUCCAGAAGACACACCCCUGUGAGAUGUGUGGUCCAGUCUUGAGAAAUGUUUUCCACUUGGCUGAGUGCCGGGAAACACAACACAGCCAGAAACUUUUGAGGUGUGGAGCAUGUGCAAAACGAUUUUAUUUUAGUGCAAACUUUCAGCAGCACCAGGAGCAGUACAUGGAAAAGAAAACCCUCAGAAGCAGUGUGGAUGAGGCCUGGUUUGUGAAGAGCUGCAGAUUCCAUGUGUCACAGAAGCCAUUGUGUUGUGGGGAGUUUGAAAAGGACUUCCCAACCAUCGUGGGACAUCUACAGCAACAGGACACUCAUACUGUGGAGAAGCCAAACACAAUCAGCCAGUGUGGGUCAACUUCACAAGGCAGGAAAAGCCGUCACACCUGGGUAGAAUGCAAGAAAGCCCUCAGCCCCAAACACACACUUGUUCAGGACCAUGGUGUCCACAGUGGAAGACAGUGUUUUGUGUGCAGUGAAUGUGGGAAAGCAUACAAGUACAAAUCCUCAUUUGUUCUGCACCAGAGAAUCCACACUGGAAAAAAGCUUCAUGUAUGUGGUGAAUGUGGAAAAUCUUUUAGGCAAAGCUCAACCCUCUGUCAACAUCUAAGACUUCAUACUGGGGCAAGGCAGUACAAGUGCAGCAAAUGCGGGAAAUCCUUAAGCCACAAAUCUGUCCUCAUUUAUCCCCAUUCAUGGCACAGUGGAGAAAGCAGUUAUGUGUGCAGUGAAUGCUCAAAAUCUUUUAGCCAUAGCUCAGUGUUCUUUCCACAUAGGAGAUUUCAAAUUGGAGAAAGGCCUUAUAAGUGUACUGACUGUGUGAAAUCUUUUACUUCUAUGUCUGCACUCAGUUAUCAUCAGAGAUCUCACACAGGAGAACGACCUUAUGUGUGCAGUGAUUGUGGGAAAUCUUUUAUCUCUAGUUCUGACCUCCGUUACCAUCAGAGAGUUCAUUCUGGAGAAAGGCCUCAUGAGUGCAGUGAAUGUGGGAAAUCUUUUAUCACUCGUACUGCUCUCCGUUAUCAUCACAGAGUUCACACUGGAGAAAGACCUUAUGAGUGUAGUGAAUGUGGGAAGUCCUUUACCCGAAAAAACAACCUAAUUAUACACCUGAGAGUGCACUCAGGAGAAAGGCCUUAUGAGUGUAGUGAAUGUGGGAAAUCUUUUACCUUUAGCUCCAGCCUUCGUUAUCAUCACAGAGUACACACUGGAGAAAGACCUUAUGAGUGCAGUGAAUGUGGGAAAUCUUUUAACAAUAGGUGGACACUCAUUCGACACCGGAGAAUUCACACAGGAGAAAAGCCUUAUGUGUGCAAUAAAUGUGGGAAAUCUUUUUCUUGUAGCUCCACCCUCCAGUAUCAUGAACGAGGUCACCUUGGGGAAAGGCCUUAUGGGUGUGAUGAAUGUGGAAAGUCUUUUACCACUAGCUCUGCCCUCCGUUAUCAUCAGAGAAUUCACACAGGAGAAAGGCCUUAUGAGUGCAGUGAAUGUGGGAAAUCUUUUAUCUCUAGGUCUGACCUCCAAUAUCAUCAGAGAGUUCAUUCUGGAGAAAGGCCUUAUGAGUGUAGUGAAUGUGGGAAAUCCUUUAUCCGAAGGAAUAACCUCCUUUUACACCAGAGAGUUCACACAGGAGAACGGCCUUACAACUGUAGUGAAUGUGGGAAAUCUUUUAACAAUAGGUGGACACUCAUUCAACACCAGAGAGUUCACACAGGAGAAAAGCCUUAUGUGUGCAGUGAAUGUGGGAAAUCCUUUACCUCCAGCUCCACCCUCUGUUAUCAUCAGAGAGUUCAUGCAGGAAAAAGGCCUUAUGAAUGCAGCGAAUGUGGGAAAUCUUUUACCUCUAGUUCUACCCUCCGUUAUCAUCAGAGAGUUCACACAGGAGAAAGGCCUUAUGAAUGCAGUGAAUGUGGGAAAUCUUUUACUUUUAGUGCCAGUCUCCGUUAUCAUCACAGAGUGCACAGUGGAGAAAGGCCUUAUGAGUGCAGUGAAUGUGGGAAAUCCUUUAAGGAUAGAUCACAAUUCAAUAAACACCGGAGAGCUCACACUGGAGAAAGACCUUAUGAGUGUGGUGAAUGUGGGAAAUCUUUUAGCCAAAAAUCUUCCCUCUCAACACACCGGAAAAUUCAUAAUAGAGAACGGUCUUAUGAGUGUAGUGCAUGUGGGAAGUCUUUUACCUCUAUUUCUGGCCUUGGUUAUCAUCAGAGAGUUCACAGGGGAGAAAAGCCUUAUCAGUGUAGUGAGUGUGGGAAAUCUUUUACCAAUAGCUCCAUACUGAUUCGACACCAGAGAGUUCACACAGGAGAAAGACCUUAUGUGUGCAGUGAGUGUGGGAAAUCUUUUACUAGUAGUGCCACCCUCUCUUAUCAUCAGAGAGUUCAUGCAGGCAAAAGGCCUUAUGAGUGCAGCAAAUGUGGGAAAUCUUUUACUUCUAGUUCCACCCUUCGUUAUCAUCAGAGAGUUCACGCAGGAGAUAGGCCUUAUGAGUGCAGUGAGUGUGGGAAAUCCUUUAUCUCUAGCUCUAAACUCCGCUACCAUCAGAGAGUUCACACGGGAGAAAGGCCUUAUGUGUGCAGUGAGUGUGGGAAAUCCUUUAGGGAUAGUUCCCAAUUUAGUCAACACCAGAGAGGUCACACUGGAGAAAGGCCAUAUGAGUGUAGAGAAUGUGGGAAAUUUUUUAUGCGAAAAUCUACCCUUUCUCAACAUCAGAGAGUUCACACUAGAGAAAGGCCUUAGAUGUACUGGGGAUGUGCAGUUUUCUUGUUCAUUGUAAGGAUUCCAGAGGAAACUGAGGAGCCAUAUGUCUGAAUUAACUCUCAGACAUUUGAGCAUGCACAGUGGGGAGAUUUCCCCAUAAGUUUCAGUUAUGUGGGAAGCGUGGGACUAUGUUGCACUCUCUAACCUGUUCAGGGCUCUUCCCAGAUUUAUGUCACUUCCAUCUCUGGGGUCAAGGCCAUUUCACCUCCACCACCUGGUAGGUUCACACAGUGUGCAUCAGUCACCAACCCAGUGUGUUCAGGGAAGCUGACCUCUGUCCUGCAAUGUAUUGAUCAAGUUAGGAGUCACCUGAACAUUUAUGGCAUCAGCUUUCACUCCUCCCUGACUUAUCUUGGACAUGGACCUGGUCAGUAUUGGCCCAGAAGAUACCAAAAGUUCAGCUGGCAGCUAGCAGAGAAUGACAACACAGGGAUGUGUUGGUCUCACAUGAUAAUAGUAAAUUUUUCCAGCUUCCAAAUCAUGAACUGGGUAACUGCCUCCUGCAGAUUGCUUUGGCUUGUACAAUAAUCAAGGCCUUACAAGCUCUUUACACUCUCUUUAAUCUUGGAAGUUCUGUUUACUCUGCAGGUAGUUUAUACACAGGUUUUUACUGUGUAAGCAUAAAGGGGAGAACAACUUUUAGGGGUCUCAAAAUUUCUGUGUCUUAGGAGGGAUGGUAUGAUGGCAGACAGUAGCUUGCCAGUUUUGCCCAAAUUUGCAUUGCUGCCCACUGCCCCCUAGGAAAGACCGCAGGGAUUUCUGGUUUUCAUAUGAAGCUUGGAGGCUUUGUGUUUUAGGAGUCUCCAAGAUGUCCCUUAGAAGUGGCAGCUGUGAGAAUCUCAAGAGCUUUGAAAGCAGAAUGAAUUUUUUUUUUUUCGGUACGCAGGCCUCUCACUGUUGUGGCCUCUCCCAUUGUGGAGCACAGGCUCCAGACGUGCAGGCUCAGUGGCCAUGGCUCAUGGACCUAGCCGCUCUGCAGCAUGUGGGAUCUUCCCAGACCGGGGCAUGAACCCGCAUCCCCUGCAUCGGCAGGUGGACUCUCGACCACUGCGCCACCAGGGAAGCCCCAGAAUGAAUUUUUUCCCUUCCUCAAAGGAGAGGUCACAGGGCACUUCAGCACUGUUGAGAGAUUAUCUUCCCCAGGUCUACAGAGAGCCAUAUUCCCUGAUGGCCACAAUUUAUUGGCCUAGUGUCACUGGUUCUAAGACCAUUGGGUCCAGGGGAAACCAUAAUUGGUACAGAAACUGGUUUACUAGGGAGGGGAAGAGGCCGCAGCCUACUAGUGUGUCAAUGUAAAAAUGACUGUGGAGAAUCAGUUUGUACAUAAAUCUCAGUGCUUCCAGGUAUGUUUAUCUUGUAUAGCUGAAGUCAUCAGAGAAAAUAAAAAUAAUUGAAAGGUUUUGUGGAUUCCUUUAGCCUCUGUAAUAUUCACCUCAAGGCCAUUACUGCAUGGGCAGGAAGAAAGAGAAAAAAGGGGAUCUAGUCCACAGAUGUGGCUCUUGUGACCCAGACAGCAUUCCUGUUUGACUUCAGGUGGAAAUGUUCUUUAUUGCUCACCAUAUUUGCUGCCACUGAGGAAAGACUGCCGCCCCAACCCCCUGGGGCAUAAGGAUAGAAAUGAUGGAGUCAGUAUAAGGUUGCCAAACCUAUUUUCUGAAAGGACUGGGACAUAGAGAUCUUUAAAUCUUGAGCUAUGUUUUAAAGCUUUACUAAGGUAUAAUUUACAUGUGCUAAUACGAAUAUAUUUAAAGUGUACAAUUUGAUAAGUUUUGACAUAGGUGUGAACUUCAUAGUCCUAAUAGUGACCAUAUCUGUCAUGGUAUAUUUACCUCAUUCCUAUUAUAAUCUCCUUGCCUUUCUCACCUCUCCAAGUAACCAUUGAUUUACUUUCCUUACAGUAGAUACCUUGCAUUUUCUUGAAUUUAUAUUAUUGGAAUCAUUUGUUGUUUACCGUAUUUUUUUGUUUUCCUUUAUGUAUCAUAAUUACUUUGAGAUUCAUCAGUGGUAUAUAGUGCUUUUGGUUUUUGUUUUGUUUUUGGCUGAGUAAUAUUUUUCCAUAUGCGAUGGUUAGUUUAUCCAUUCUCUUUAUGGGCAUUUGGUUUGUUUCUAAAUUUUGACUUCUGAAAAUAAAGCUAGUAUAAAAAUUGUGUUCUUUAUAUGAAUAUAUGAAGAA